AUGAGCCAUCGUGAAGCGAUAGAAAUUGUCGAAGAACUCUGUGAAGAAAUUAAACGUCGUGAUGCUUUGGCGCAGAAGCAAGUUAUGUCUGUCGUGAAUGCCGAGCAUCAAAGUGAUAGGAGAAAUUCCACGGCUGCUAGCGAAGUUGAUCAAUUGGAAAUUGUUCAGAAACUUUGCAAGGAAGUCGAACAGCUCAAGAGAAAGACCAUGGAAGUGAUGUUAGAAAGGGAGAAGGACCACAAACAUGACGUAAUGACCAAGCCAGAGAACGAGAUAGAAUUUCUAAAGUCGGAACUGAAACGUACCAUUGAAGAAAGAGACGCGGCAUUUGAAUGGAAAGAAUGA